CUGCUGCCAAGUCACAGUGCACAGUCAAGGGCCUUCAGCUGAUGCUUAAGGAAGCCUGUGUCAGGAUGCGGGAGGUGGUACUGAUUCGGAUUACCACAUCAAAGAGGUGAAGUGCUCCCUCCCAACACGCCACACCCAUUCAGUGCUUAUAAGAAGAGGAAAGGCUGCUGGCCAUUCCAAUUGUUCUCAUCCCUUUUCCAGGGUGCUAAUUGCAAAGGCAAAUAGCCCUCGAGUGCAGGAGUCGUUACUCAGCAUCAGAAUCACACCAUGCCAAACUACAAACUCAUUUAUUUUAAUAUGAGGGGGAGAGCUGAAAUUAUUCGUUACAUAUUUGCAUAUUUGGAUAUAAAGUAUGAAGAUCACAGAAUAGAACAAUCUGACUGGCCUGAAAUCAAACCAACACUUCCAUUUGGCAAAAUCCCCAUUUUGGAAGUCGAUGGAUUUAACCUUCACCAGAGCCUAGCAAUAGCAAGAUACUUGACCAAAGGCACAGAUUUGGCUGGAAAAACAGAACUGGAACAAUGUCAAGCUGAUGCGAUUGUGGACACAUUGGAUGAUUUCAUGUCACGUUUUCCCUGGGCAGAGAAAAAGCAAGAUAUAAAAGAUCAGAUGUUUAAUGAGCUACUUACAUAUGACGCACCUUAUCUUCUCCGAGAUUUGGACACAUACUUAGGGGAAAAAGAGUGGUUUGUUGGUAACUCUGUAACUUGGGCAGAUUUCUACUGGGAAAUUUGCAGUACCACACUUUUGGUCUUUAAACCUGACUUACUGGACAUCCUACCCAGGCUGGUGACAUUGCGGAAGAAGGUCCAAGCCAUUCCUGCAAUUGCUGACUGGAUGCAACGAAGGCCCCAAACCAAACUCUAGGGGUACUUGCUGCCCCCAGACUUCGCUGUGCUUCACAGUGUCACUCCCAUCAGAUAAGAGGUUAAUCACCCUGCCAUUAUCCACACACUCCCUUCCCCAGGUCCACCAAGACUUUUACUUUUGCUAUAUUCUGCCUUAAAAAAAAUAAAGGAAGGGGAAAAAGGGG